AGUUACGUAUGAGCGUAAAAAAUAGAAACUUUCAAGAUGGCUGAGUCCGUAGGAUCCAUGCAUUUCGCAGCUAAUGGCAAAAUAAAUCCCCCAAAACCCUUGGUACCCAAAAUACCACCUGAGAGUCGACCACAGUCUUCCAACGAUGUCUUCCCCCCACCGCCCAAGAAAGUCAGAAUUGAGGAGAAGAGCUUGAAGCAAAAGAAAUUGAACGGGGACGUAGUGUGCGCAGGGGAAAAACACAACGGGAAGCAGAGUUAUGGAAGCCCAGCGAAAUGGAGUUUCGGCCCGGCCAAGCCGAGCAACUCCACAUCGCCAGCUCCCGCACGAAAGAUCUUCAAGAUCAGCAACUUUCUCGCCUCUCCUUCGAAAGUGAAGAAACCGAAGGAGAAACGUCACAAGGAAAAAGAGAAGAGCACUAAAAUGCAGAGCUCAAUCCUGGAGAAAGUGAGCCUUCCGAGUUGCCAUACAAAAACGGAGAAUGGUGAUGUAAAGAUGUUACGAGAUCAUACUGGCAAAGAUGAGGAAAGAGAGAAGAAAAGGGAGAAGGAUACUGAUAAGGAGAGGGACAGGGAGAAGAAGAACCACCCAGGGAUGGUUGUGAAUGAUGUUGCGAGGGAGAAUGGAGAGGUGAAAAUGCCACUGAAAGACUCAACAGAAAAGCCAAAAUUCAACUCUGAGGACGAGCUCCUCUUGAAAAAGUUAAAGAAAAAGAAGAAAAAGAAGCACAAAGACGGAGAGAGGGAAAGACGCAGCCGGCCCAAGAUGUACCACCGCUCCAGCCAGACUGUGUGUUCGGGUGUAUCUGUGGACCUGCCUGACCUGCUCAACACACCAGACAGAAGUAACAACAGCAGCAAUAACAGUUUCUUCCAAACCUUCCCAAGUCCCCAUCAGGAUUCUUCCAGCAUCACCACUAGUACUUCUGUGUCCACCUCCACAGCCUCCAUGGUCAGGGAGAGGUUGGGCUAUGGCUCCCCCCUCCACAGUGCCCCGUCCCUCGGCAUGGCGGUGCUGGAGUUUGGCAGUCUGAUCCACGUGGAACAGCAGGCCAACGGCGGAGCCUUGGUGGCCCACGCCUACACCCAGCAGCUGGCCUGUCUCUCACCGGCUGAGAUGCAGCGCUUCGCCCAGGAGUUUGUCACCCUGUCAUUCAGCGAGGACCAAGCUGACGCCGCCCAUUACGUCAUGGGCAUCAUCCAUGGAGCGGCCUCCUACCUACCAGACUUCCUGGACUACUUCUCCUACAAGUUCCCCAACGCACCCGUCAAGAUGGAGGUGCUGGGGAAGAAGGAUAUAGAGACCACCACCAUGACCAACUUCCACACUCAGGUGAAGCGUACCUACUCCCAGGGGACGUACCGCGCGGGGGCCAUGCGGCAGGUCAGCCUGGUGGGGGCCGUGGACGAGGAGGUGGGAGACUACUUUCCCGAGUUCAUAAACAUGCUGGAGGAAUCGCCCUUCCUUGAGCGUACCCUGCCCUGGGGCACGUUCUCCAGCCUGCGCCUGCGGAGUCCCACAGAGAGUGAUGAUGGGCCCAUCAUGUGGGUCAGACCAGGGGAACAGAUGAUCCCUGUGGCUGACAUGCCCAAGUCCCCCUACAAGAGAAAGAGGUCAACCAAUGAGAUCAAGAACCUGCAGUACCUGCCGCGGGCAAGCGAGCCCAGGGAGAUGCUAUUUGAGGACCGGACCAGAGCCCACGCCGACCACAUCGGACAGGGCUUCGAGAGACAGACCACCGCCGCCGUAGGGGUGCUCAAGGCUGUGCGCUGUGGAGAGGGUGAUGCUCCUGCCAGGAUUACCAAAGACGUGGUGUGUUUCCACGCUGGAGAUUUCCCUGAAGUGGUCCAGAGGCUCCAGCUAGACCUGUACGAACCACCCCUCUCACAGUGUGUGCAGUGGAUAGAUGAUGCCAAGCUGAACCAGCUGAGGAGAGAGGGCAUCCGCUACGCCCGUAUCCAGCUCUACCACGACGACAUCUACUUCAUCCCUAGGGGAGUGGUGCACCAGUUCAAGACUGUGUCUGCUGUCUGCAGCCUGGCCUGGCACAUCCGCCUCAGACAAUACCACCUGGACCAAGAGAGGGAGGAAGAGGAGGAGAGCUGUACUUCUACACAGGCAACAAGUCAAGUCAUAGAGGAAGCGGAAGAAACGGAGGAAAGUGAGGAGGAGGAGGGAGGGAAAGAGGACACUCCUACACAGCCACAGACGCACAUAAAGACUGAGGAGGCAGGGGCAAGGACGCCCGUACAGGAGCCGCUGUCAGUUUGCAAGGAGGAAGAAGACACACGGGAGGAGGGAGCGGAGAGAGGAGGCUGUACAGCUACACUGGCAUUCCCUUUAGUCAAGGAGGAGAGAGGGAAAGGAAACGCAGUCACAGAAACACUACUGGAAAUCAAGAAAAGAAAGGAGGAUGAUGACCAUCACAAGAUGGAAGAGAGAGUGAGAAAAAGAGCAAGAGAUGGCACUACACCCCCACAGAUGCCACCACAAGUGCUGAUGGAGGGAGAUGGAAAAGAUAAUGAACUAUUAAAGGCAUCACAGCAGGCUGGCAUAGAGAGAGACGAGGAAGAAAGACAUCAGAAGACACCUCCACAAGUCCAGAAUGAAAGGCAGAGGGUAAUAGAUUGUAGCACAGCCACACAAACACCUCCACAAGUCAAAAAAGAGAAGGACAAAGGGAAGGGGAAAGAUUUGGAGAAAGUGGAGAGGGAGAAGGAGAAGAAGGAACAGGGGAAAGAGAAGGAGGAGCGGGGGAAAGAGAAGAAGGCGAAGGUGAAAGAUAAGGACAGAGAAAGGGAAAGAGGGAAAGAUAAGGAGAAGGAUAGAGUGAAGGAGAAAGAGAAGGGGAAAGAUGAGAGUGUUAUGGAAAUCACCACACAAACAGAGAUAUCUCCACCCAUUAGGAAAAAGGAGGAUGAGGAGAGGAAACACACACAUCAACCCCAACACACCCAGAGGGAGAAGGGAGUGAGGGAGACAGACACUGCCUCAAAGACACAGCCUCAAAUCAAGAAGGAACGAGACAGGGACAGAGGUGGUAAUGGUGCACAGACACAGUCUCACACACGGUUAGAGAGAGAGGAGGGCAGAGAGAGCAGCACACACAGACACAAACCCUCUCAUGGAAAGAAGGACAGAAAUGGGUAUAGAGAGGGGAAAGAGGGUAACCCAUCCACACACCCCAAUCCAGGGAGAGAGGAGGAUGGGAAGGUUCUCUCUCCUAGACCCACACCCUCUCAUGUGAAGGAAGGAAAGAGAGAUCGAGAGGUCAACCAUAAGGACGAGAGGAAGAAACCUCACCCUGCCCCUAGCUGCCCCCCCUCGUACCACAAACCCCCACGGACACUCGUAACCUUUGACCUCUUUAAGCCUAUGGAUGCACUCCAAGCCCCGCCCCUCUCCCUGGCAGACAGGUCUCACCACAGUGACUGUCGAGGCGCUCGCUCCAAGUCUGAGAGUCGGACACUAGCGCCCUCUAAAGGACCAAAAGUAAAGGACACGACACACACCAAACCUGCAGUUCCUCUCCAGGACACGAGGCCGCAGCACUCGUUAAAACACCCCCUGAAACCCCACACCACACAUCCACAGCAUAAAGACUUUUUAUUAUGAACGUGUAGUUCUCUCUAUUGUACAACUUACUUAGCCUUCUCCAAGAUCUGUUGCUGCUUCAGCAAUACUAUAAUUGACAUGCCAUAGUACAUACACAGAGGAGUUGAAUUGGCUAAGGCAUAUACAGAUCUGGGAUCAGGCUACAACUUACAGUAAGGCCCUGUUUGGAACUUUGAAAUGCAUCCUUUCUUUCUUCCUCCAUUCCUUGAAGUAAUAACUGGUCUAAUACAGUUGGAGGGUAAAAACUAGUCCAAUGGACUAAAGGAGCCUAAAGUUUCUCCUUGUAGUCCAAGGACCUUUACAUGUUCUGUGUAAAGGCGAACUGGCUCUGGCAGCCAAAACAGCCAAAUACUCAAGCUAAACUUGAAUCGAUUCUCAACUAUGGUACGGUUCAAGAAACAUAAAUCCCUCUACUUUUAUAUCAAAAGAAUUUCACAAAUGGAAAAUAUACGCUUACUGUAGACUGUUUAACCGGUGUUAACAGCUACAGCCGACAGUAUUUUUCAGUGACAACACGUUUUUGGAGUCUGUUUACCAUUUACAUAACUAAUUAGCACAGGUACGCCUCUAUCUUCCGUUUGUUUUCUAUAAACAAGUGAAGUAACAUGGAAAUAUGGCUGUGUGGGAACCCUCAUCAUAUUUAGGUGUGUAGUAAUUUAGCCUUUUAAAAAUUAUUAUUUUGUUGCUAAUAUGAAAAGAUGCGUUCCUUAUGUUUCCAAAACCAUACCGCAAGCGACGCAUUUUAACGUUCAGAACGAGCGUCGGGGUUCUUACAACUGCCCUAGCCACAAGAUACUAUCGUCAAUAGGCGCUACGGUAGUUAGCCUCUGAAUGUGUGACAAACCCAGGUGUUACACCACGUAGUGCACUCUCUGAGGAAGGAUGCAUUUCAUAGCGUCUGAAGAGGGUUGAAGAAGGAAUGUACGCUAAGUAGCUCACUUCACGUUUGUUAGUGAAUCUACGUAGGUUCUUUCUAUGAAAAGCGUUGUGACCCGUGCGUUAGUGCCUGUGCCCUACUUAGCUACACUUUGUUCUUCAGGCACCUAUUCUAGGUACCCAAUGGCUCAGUCCCAAAACAGCUCCUUGGCUCCUUUGUCUUCUCCUAGCCUUUCCCUCUUUAAAGUUUGCAGAUCUGAAGGGACUGGUUAGUUGUUUGUAGGCAAUAUGUUUCCCCAUCUAGGCUCAAUUACAAAUCGACUCCUAACCCCAAACCCUUGAAGUCUACACUAGACUAUACUGAAGUGGUUAAUAGGGAUAGGGCUCUAUUUGGAAUGUAGAACUAGCCUUCCUGUAUGCUAUGGGGAGCAUCUACUAUAUUGCUUAUACCUAUCCAGGCACUUCAGGUUUGCCAACACUGAAGGGCUCAGAGCUAGGGGCUAUUUUUGGACCAGUCUUGUAUGAUUCAACACAGGGCUGUAAAUGAUACUUACCGAAUCUGUACAGUAUAGAUGUACUUGUACUGAUGUGAGAAAAUGUAUACAUAAAUGCAUAUAUUUUUUGUAAGCUGAGUUUUAUUUUCCAUAGAACUUAUUUAUAUCAUUUUCAGUCUGUUUUUAUUUCAGAUGUAUGUGAGAAACUCUGUUGUAAAUGCCUUUGAUCUUCUGAGAUUAAGACUUGGUAGUGUGAUUUAUACUCUGACCAGAACCUUUCAAUAAAAGGUUUCUAAUAUUA